AUCACUGUCAUACAACUACAGUGACACUUUCGGCUAUUUUCGCUAGUUGUCCGAGACUGAUAGCACACGAUGGCGCAAGGGGACCCCAGAAAAUGGCAUUUACCGGGUUGGAGAAUAGAACAACGCUUUUCACAAGGGGUCCUUAUUGGAAACUGGUCAGAAGAACGCAAUGUGUUUAACAAGGGAAAUACCCCACACAACAGCACUCACAGAAUUGACUUCAGAAACUUUGGAAGUCAUCGUCCAGAUGUCGUCAUAAGACGCUCAGCUCGUUUGAAAAAUGAAGGAAUCGGGCAACAAAACUUGUUCUAUCACCAUGGCAACCGCUACUCGAACAACAUGGUUUCUUGGUACGACGAGCACUACAACGGGAGAUGGAGAGAAAACACUCUCCCUGAUUUGAGAACCUGGAACAGCCAUGAACUCUCAUGGGCACCUGAGAAGUCUGAUUACCCUCUACAAGGGUCUUCCACCAACUAUGGCUUGUAUCAGAAACUUCAAAACCGCUGGAGCGACCAAAUUGCUGAUGAAACUCGUGGGGAUUUCACUUCAACUUAUACAUCUUCAUACAACCCUAGAUCAGCUAGUGGGCUGGUGACAACAAGAUUUGCCAAUCCACGUGAGAACUCCACGACCCUCCACAAAUACAAUCACACCAACAAGGAUCUGGGCUUGAGACAAGUCUCGUCAGUGAAGUCUCCAGAAAAGCUUCCUGGUGACAUUCCACUGGUCUCUUGUUGAAAUAAGAACUUGUGUGUUGGCAUCUGAAUUAUUUCAGAUGACAUCUAAAAUCACUAUAUCUAGUCUCAUUUCUGUACAUUAUGAAGUAUUUUGAUAUAUGUUGUUUAACAAUCAAAGGUUUAUAUCAGUAAUGAUUAACAUAUUGGAUAUUAUGUGACAAUGAAUAACUAACAGUAUUACAUGAAUUUACAGUGUUUCAUCUAUUUUUUAAUAUGAACAGUUCAAAUCAAAACAGUGAAAUUGGAGGCUACGUAUUUAGACAUCCUCGAGAUCAUGUAGCAUUGAUCCAACUCUUUCAAGUAUUCAUAUUACUGAUUUUGUGAAUUCCAUUUAAGUCUUUAGAUUAUAUAUCUGCACAUUGUUAUUACAUUGAUAAAUUUUUUAACUAGUUGCACAGCACGAGAUAUGUCCUUGAUGUUAAAAUGAUCAUGCUGAAUGGUAAUGCGAGCACAAAUGUUCAGCAUAUUCACAAUCUUGGAAUAAUUUCAAUACCAAUUGUUUUCACUCGAGUCUUAGCAGACACAAGCACUUUUUGUUAUGAUUUUUGCAUCAUCUGCUUGACAAUACAUCAGAUUAACAAGUUAAAUUUGCUAACCUCAGUUUAUUAUGUUCUUGAAUCAAUAUUUGAUUCUUUAAAGAGAAACAAUGUUUCAUAUAUGAUAAUGCUGCUAAGACAGUGACUGUCUCUAAAACAUGGAUUGGUCAUAUUUUCUCACAACAUCCUCAAGCUUGAUCUUGUUGUGCUAAUUAAAAUGGUUGCUCAAUGUUAGUUUCCUCACUUAUCGCCAAAUAUGUUGAGUUGUAUUCUCCAAGAAUAAUAACCUAUUUUGUUUUAUGCAAGAAACCUCAUUAUUCCAAACCCUCUUUAUCUGGAAAAUGGCUCAUAUACAAAGGAAUAUAUUUCUUUAAACUUUAUUCAUUAAUCCAGAAAUUGUAAAUCUGGACAAUUUUUGUUGUAAACAUGUUUGUUUGGAUUUCAUGAUAACCAUCUUUGUUGUCGAAAGAGGUUUUCACUUUACACAUUUGCUCAAUGACAAUACUCUCAGCAUAAUAUGCCUUUGGCUGUAAUCAGAAUGCUUAAAUCAAAAUGGCCUCGGAUAUGUACUACUGAACAGAACUAAAAGUAGUACACCUGCUUCUUUGAUAUUACUAUUCCUAAUCUUUCUUACCACAACAGAUGAAGUAAUGUAAAAUGAAAGAAUAAGGUGUUCAACUUUUUUAAAGUAGUAUGUGUUUGUGGUCAUAACAACAGCACCACGUGACAUUCUUUAGGGUAAUUAGCUCACAGUAUUAACACAGUAUUAUUGAAUCAUAUUUUUGAAUGAAGUGGCAGUAUUCAGUAUUAUGAAUCACCAUAACCUUGCAUAUAUUGUAUUUUGCACUUUUACUGUUUGUUUUUAUAUAUUAUGAAUAUACAGGUAUUUACAUACACAUUUAUUCAGUAUUAUCGAUUGUUAAUUUUGCUAAACCAAUAGCUUUAAGUCUGUGAUAUUGUUGCAUUUAAUGAAUAUGCUUUAUGGUAUUUAACUGUCUCAUCAAUGAUGUGAUAUGGAUUUUAUUUAUAUAUCUAUAUACCAGUGUCAAUAUUGUUUGCAGAAGUUCACAUGGCAGUAAUAGACUGGUCAAAAGAAGUUAAGUAUACUCACUUUUUUUCAUAUGGCUUUCGUUACGCUGCCUUGACAGAAUAUUUUAUCUAAAACUUAGAAUAGGGUGUGCCUUAACUUCUUUUGAGUACUAUAUGAUGCUAGUAAAUUUGGUUUGAAUCAGUCUCAUUUAUAUUGCCAAACGUCAGAUUUGUUUACUGGAUCUGGACUUGAAUGACUUUCCAUGUUAUUCAUCACAUGCAUGAUUCUAUAAAAUCAUCAAAAGCUGGCCAUGUGAUCUGGGAAUAUUUACGUGAAUAAUUUAUUAUUAUUAUUAUUAUAAACAUAUAUUGUGGAUUAAUGGUGAAAGUAUACAGAUGUAUUGUCAUCUAAUGUAUCAACCCAGAGAUACCUGAUGUGUCAUAUAACAUGUGAUAUAUCAAGUGCCAUGGGCCCACUACUGAACAGGGAUCUUGUUGAUACAACAAAGUCAUGUUUUUGUAUACUAUGUGAACAAAUCUUAGCACCAAGAUCUCUUGUCUCUAAGGACUGUAUAGCUAAACAAACAGUAUUAUAAAUCACGUUUACACAUUAGGGUGUUUGUAGAAUAUUCACAUUUCAAUACACAAUAUAUUUGUAUGAUUCAA